CACGCUGACGAGUACCCGCAAGCUUCGGCAGGGAGGGGAGCGCGCAGCACGCGCCCGGCGCGCGAGCGCAGCGAGUGACCAGCAGGCGCACGUGAGAGCGCAGAAGGGAGGGCGCGAGCGCCAGUCGGCAGCACCUUGGUGUUUGGGCUCGCGCUUCACUUUGUUUUUUUUAUUGAAGUCGCGGCACAAGGUGCGAGGACGAGGAGGAAGGGCAGGCAGGCAGGCAGGCAGGCAGGCAGGCAGGCAGGACGGACCGGGGUUCGAGUGGCGACACCAUGGCUCAGACCAUCUGCACCAGGUUCACGGACGAGUACCAGCUGCUGGAGGAGCUCGGCAAGGGGGCGUUCUCUGUGGUGAGACGAUGUGUGAAGAUCUCCUCUGGACAGGAGUAUGCUGCUAAAAUCAUCAACACUAAAAAGCUCUCUGCCAGGGACCACCAGAAGCUGGAGCGAGAAGCCCGGAUCUGCCGCUUGCUGAAGCACUCAAACAUUGUUAGGCUCCAUGACAGUAUUUCUGAGGAGAGCUUUCACUACCUCGUCUUUGAUUUGGUGACGGGAGGAGAACUCUUCGAGGACAUCGUGGCUAGAGAGUACUACAGCGAAGCCGAUGCCAGUCAUUGCAUCCAGCAGAUCCUAGAGGCUGUGCUCCACUGCCACCAGAUGGGUGUGGUCCACCGGGACCUGAAGCCGGAGAACCUCCUGUUGGCCAGCAAACUGAAGGGAGCGGCAGUGAAGUUGGCCGACUUUGGUCUGGCCAUUGAGGUCCAGGGAGAGCAGCAGGCCUGGUUUGGAUUCGCUGGGACUCCAGGUUACCUGUCCCCUGAGGUGCUCAGGAAGGAUGCUUACGGGAAGCCUGUGGACAUGUGGGCUUGUGGCGUGAUCCUAUACAUUCUGCUGGUGGGAUACCCCCCCUUUUGGGACGAGGAUCAGCACCGCCUAUACCAACAGAUCAAAGCCGGCGCAUACGAUUUUCCCUCCCCCGAGUGGGACACGGUGACCCCCGAGGCCAAGGACCUUAUCAACAAGAUGUUGACCAUCAACCCGUCGAAGCGCAUCACUGCCACCGAGGCCCUCAAGCACCCCUGGAUCUGCCAACGCUCUACUGUGGCCUCAAUGAUGCACCGUCAGGAGACCGUGGAGUGCCUGAAGAAGUUCAACGCACGCAGGAAGCUCAAGGGCGCCAUUCUCACAACCCUACUGGUGACGAGAAACUUCUCAGCAGCCAAGAGUUUGUUGAACAAGAAGCCUGACAGCAUCAAGGUAUCCUCAGUCUGCUGUGUUGGAGGUUCUGGGAUGUUCUGGAAGGUGAACAACAAAGCCAACAUACUAAUGAGCCCCAAAGAGACGGCACCCCCUCCUGCCCUGGUACACAGCCCAGCAUGGCCUGGCACGGUCCACCUCGGCCCGGCACGGCAGAACCAAGCACGGCCGCCAGCUUCCCCUUCACAUUUCUUUCUGCCUCUGGAGUCCUCAGAGAGUGCCAAUACCACCAUGGAAGAUGAAGAUUUUAAAGCUCGCAAGCAGGAGAUCAUCAAAGUGACAGAGCUGCUGAUUGAGGCCAUCAACAAUGGGGACUUCGAGGCUUACAUGAAGAUGUGUGAUCACAGCCUUACGUCUUUCGAACCCGAGGCGCUGGGCAAUCUGGUGGAAGGACACGACUUCCAUCGUUUUUACUUUGAGAAUGCUCUGUCAAAGGGCAACAGGCCAGUGCAUACCAUCCUGCUGAACCCCCAUGUGCACCUGAUUGGUGAGGACGCUGCCUGCAUCGCCUACGUCCGCCUCACUCAGUACAUGGAUGGCAACGGCAUGCCGCGCACCAUGCAGUCCGAGGAGACACGCGUGUGGCGUCGCCGUGAUGGAAAGUGGCACAGCCUCCAUUUUCACCGCUCAGGCACGCCUAUGGUGCCUUCCCAUUAUCAUUCUUAGAAGUGUGGAGACCAGAUCUGGACACGGGAAUGCCAAUCCGCCACGCUUAUCGCUCUGUUCUACUCCAGUCAGAUAUCCGGGGUGGUACCCUUCACUACUGCGUUGCUGCAACAGCGGAGUACAGAAGACAUAUUUCACAUUUAUUUUCUAGUUUUUCUUUUAGUUCAGUCUUGCUGUUGUACAGAUGUUAAGUACCAGGAAUUUGGAAUGUGCUUUAGUGAUAUUACGUGCUUAUCUGCUUGUUCGAAGAAUGUCCUGUCACCGUAGGAGCCCCUGGCACAUGCAGCAGCCUUUCCUGGGGUCCCCAGGUGUGAUACCAAGUGACAUUCUUCCCAGAAUCUGCUUCAGUUUUUACGUUUUUAAAAGUCAGUUUCCGCUUUAUCUGAGAAAAGGACAUUUUAAGCUGCUUGCUUGUCCUGGUGACCCCUCGUGACUGAAGUCGGAUGCUUUUGUAGCUUGUCAUGGUUUUCAGUAAUUUUUAUGAAACAUUAAGUUGACAUCAAAUGUUCCUGAAGUUUAAGAAACGCAUCUUUCUCUAUAUUGUACAUAAGUGCUCGUACGGACAGCUGCAGCAGACUGCAUGUAACACAUGUAGGUGACGUGCGUAUGCACACACGCAGUUCUGUACAGCCAUCUUCCUUGUUUUGAUUAUUGCUUGAAUUUUCUACGUGUAUUUCUGUGUGUCUUUCUUAGUUCCACACUUUGAUCAUCUUAUAGGAGAACUAAACUGAGAAAUCAGUGAGAGGAAGCGGGGUAAAGAACCAGUGUGAGGAAUGCCCUGUCUUCCUCGCUCCAGUACUUUAGGCACAGUAUCCUCACUGUUGUGAUGCCGUUCAGAUCUGGUGUGUUUAACUGCUCCCUUUGGCCUGAGGUCUGUCCCUCCAGCUUUUUUUUUCGUCUCUUAAUUCAAGGCAAUGCAUUUAAUUACUAUUUCUCAUGUUUUAUAUCAGAGAAGUAAAAGGGAGUAAUAAUAGUAAAUGUUACUGAUUGUACUGAGCCACAUCAAGGCAGCAGGUAACUGUGAAUUUGUAUGUAAAUUGGAUAUGUAGAAAUGGUGUGUGUGUGUGUGUGUGUGUGUGUGUGUGUGUGUGUGUGUGUGUGUGUGUUCGUUCCUACAUGAAGGCCAGUUGGGUCGGGGUGUAAAUGAGUCUUCCAUUUGGGUCUCAGAUGCUCAAGAACCUGCUUUUGCAUCAACGCCAACAUUUUGGACACACGGUUUAUGGGGUCCUCAAAUGUUACUCGAUUUUUAACAUGUUUUACUCCAGAGCAGGAAGAUUCAGUGACAAAGGGACACACUGGUACUGUACUUCCCAUGAGCCUCUGCUGGCAUGUUGAAGAAACAAAAAUAAACUGUC